UCAGUCUCGCCUCUCGCCUCGCCCUCGCCCAUGUCUUGCCAUCUAUUGAGUAUUUUCAUUGAAGUAUUAUUAAGUAUUUUAGUUAGUAAGCGUUAUAAGACAAUUAUUUCAGGUGCUCACUUAACUCUAGAGUCAUUUAUACUAUCACACUUUGAAUUUUGGAUCCGGAGCUAUGUCAGAGAAGUUCAAGAUCAAUCGAAAUUUAGCAACUGUACUAGACGCUGAAGGGAAGGAAAUUAAGGUCCAACCAAGAGAAGAUGUGGAACAAGAUAUCAAACUUCAAGAAAUCAUCGACCUCCUCGUUGCUGCUGGCUACUUCCGAGCUAGAAUCAAAGGUCUAUCCGCUUUUGAUAAAGUUGUGGGUGGCAUUGUUUGGUGCAUUGACUCAUGUGAUGUAGACAUAGACGUUGAGCUACUAUUUCAAGAUGACUUGACAAUCGGGCAGAAGAUAUCCUUAACCGAAAAAAUUGUUGCUGUCCUGCCGAAGAUUAAAUGCCCUCACAGAAUAGAACCGCAUCAAAUUCAGGGUCUAGAUUUUAUUCAUAUUUUUCCAGUUGUACAAUGGCUUGUCAAACGAGCAAUGGAGACUCGGGAGGAACGAAGCGAGUAUUUGAAAAACUAUGCUGCUAACCAAUUUCAUAGAGUCUUCCAUUUUGCUGAAGGUGAAUCUGAGAAGAGCAUUCAGAAAGCAUCCGUCUCCAAUAUUCGAAAAAUUCAGGAAAAACAUGGUCCUCAACGAAAAUACCUCCGAACAGGAAAACUGCCAGCAGAGCUGAUGACUCGUGUUGAAAGUACGCUGUUGGAGUACGGAAAUGUUUUAACAACCCAGGGUGGCAUCGAAAGUUCCAGUGAUAAUCAACAAAAACAUGAAGUGGAAAGUAGGAAGGAAAUACUGAAAUCCCUCACGUCUACAACUGACACGGUGAGCCGCGUGACCCCAGCAAUAGUAGGCAAAAUUGUGAGCAAUAAAACAAGCGAAUUCAGAGAAGCCCAGCUCAAAACAGAGACUCCUGCCGAGCGAAGGAUCAGGCAGCUUAAAGAGAAAGUUUCAAAUCUUGGGAUGGAAAACAACCAGUUGCAGAAGCACUUAAGUGAAGCUGAAGCAACUUUAAAUUCUAUUGCGGAGAAAAACGAAGCUUUUAGGAAGACGGAAUCCUUCACUGAAGAGGAAAAGCGGCGGUAUGACGAACUGAGUGCAUUAUUGAAGAAGACUGAAGAAUUGAAAUCACAAGAAAUCAAAUUCAAAGAACAGUGCAAGGCGGAGUCAGCAAUCCUUCAACAACAAGUCAGUGAAGCAGAAGCAAUGGUGGCAGAACUCCAAGAUGACUCGCAGGGAAUGAAAUCGCAGUUGGAGAUUUUGGAGGAAAAGGUUAACAGCGCUCGUUUGGAGCUGGGUAAGAAAACACGUGCUGUCUCUGCACUAGAACGCCAGCUGGAUCAAGUACCGGAAAAUGCAGAGCUGGCGCAGUAUCAAUUGCGAUUCAUGGAAUUAUACAGUUUAGUUGCUGCUAAACACUUAGAAACGAAACAAUUCUACACACGCUAUAACGCACUAAAUGAUACUCACCGCUACUUAAACCGUGAGCUUUCGUUACUGAAUUCAAUCACCGAUAAUUUUCAAGUGGCCAUGUCCAAUUCUUCUGGGAGGGAUGAAUUUCUGGAGAGCGUUGAUAAUAUAGUGUCAAAUUCAUUUUUUCCCAUUUUUUUUCUCAGGGCGAUGUCGAACUCUGCCGCCAAAGAUGAAUUCUUGGAAAAGCUCGAUAAAAUAGUCGAAGAGAUCCAGUCAAAUAAAUUUAAGGUGGAGCGACGGAGAAACGAUGAGAAAUUAAAUCGUGAUGAAUUGAGCGCGGAGCUCUCAUCUCUACAGGAUAAGCAACGACAAUAUGUUGCCGCAUUGAAACAGCUCAGCGAUGAAUACAAAAACAGCUGAGACUCUUUUCAUCGCACAUAUCACUGCAUUUAGCUCAUCAAAUCGUUUAAUUCUGCCUGUGAUAAUAUGUUAAUAUGAUGAUAUUUAUCAAAGUGUCCUUUAUUUAUAGACUGACUUUUAUUUACUUAUACACGAUCACUGAAUAUAUAGAUUUGUUACUCUCA